AUGGCUACGCCCCUCGAGUAUCUCCCUGUUGAACUCGUAGCCGACAUACUAGGCGAGCUGGACAUCGCCUCCCUCAUAACAGUCUCGUGUCUCUCACGGCGCCUACGUGCGGUCGCGUCAGAGCCCUCGCUUAACCCCUGGCGGCAGCCCAUCCUACGUAACCUCCUCGACCCGAACGAAGUGUACGAGCCUGCGCUCAAACAUCUCUCCGUCCGGCAGACGGUCCCGCGGCAGAACUGGGUCGAGAUUCUGGCGCUGGGAAAGGCAGAGUACCUCCUAUUCGGGAUGACGCUCCCGAACCUCAAGGAGGCCGAGUGGGAGGAAUGCUUCAGGCGAAGGUUCCUCCCCGGAUGGAUCAAAUGGAAGAAGGACGCUAGCUGGAAGGAAACUUUCUUGAAGUGCGCACUUCCCGCUUGCUCACCGGGCUUGGACACUAGGAUGUUGCACCGGCUUUAUCAUAGAAGCCAUUCCUCCUGUACUGCGGACGAGGCUUGGACGCACUAUAUCGUGCUCAACCGGAAUGGUUCUGCGAACCUGUUGAACGGGUCUUCGCGCAAUUACAACCCCUUGACCAUGUUUCAUGAGAUUAAAUUGCAAAACAACCUUGCACAUCUCAUGACACACGCUCGCCUCGUUGUGGAGUUCAAAGAUGUGCGAAUCAUCGCGCUGGGGGUUCUGAUGAAACCGCGUUCUACCUUCUCGGUAAACCCCAAUGCUCGCCUGUUUCUCCAUCCGCCGGGAAUCACGAAGGGAGAAGACGAAGACGCUCAGUCUUCUGAGGCCGUAUCUGACGGAAGCGACGAAUCGUUCCAGUCGACUCUGGAACCGCCGGUGCCCGUCAGGAACACUUACGGAAACCCCAAGGACCUGUACCGCCAGCUCACGCAUCCACUUCCUUCUGAGGCACACGCCAGGUAUCCGUUUUACACCCCUGGCGGCGAAGACAAACGCUGGCUUGGGACGGAUGAGCUUGAGGAAGGCGGUCGUCAAUGGGUUGGUCCGAUGCUAAUCACGGCACAAAUCAUAGGCCCCCAGACCAAGGAACAUAUCGCUGACGUGCCUCCCCUGCAAGAUCUCGACCUCAUGGUUGGUUCGGGGAGGAACCAGUAUGCUUCGAUGGCUUGGACUGACCUCACCGCAAUUGCGCCUUGGCUGGAGCUCACAAACGCCAUCACCGGCCCCGGGCUCGGUCACUAA